CAUCCCCAAUCUCAUCACACCAACUCGCCUCGCCCCUCUUUUCAGACGCCUCAGUGCCCCCCGCGGGGAACUGUGAUCUGGCCCGUUUUCACUCCAGCGCCCCCGGUCGUGAAUGUGAAUGAUGCCGCGGCUGGUGUGACUGUGAUGGCAAGAGGUAUUAACAGGCCGAGAAGAAGCAGGACGAGGGAUUGCCGUCUAGACAGAGGAGAUAGUUGUCGGAAGAAUGCACCAAGCAGCACAAGGAAUUGUGGUUGUCACAGGCCGUGUAGUCAAAUCAACGGGACGUUGAGACGGUCUUAUCACUGGCCUGAAAUUGGUCUUGGGCAUUUGAUCCGAAGCCAUCUGACCCAGACGCAUUUUCACGUCGACUUAGCCCGUGAUGACAUGCUGUUUUUAGAGCCUUUGAAGAACACUUUUUUCAUCUCUACCUCAGCCUAA